AUGUUUCUUUUCUUUGAUGCUAACGCGUACAGUAGUUGUUCAUGCUCACGUUCAUUAUCGCUACCAGCAUUGUCAGUAUUAGACUGUUGUAAAUCUAACGACAGAUUGAUACCUCCGUUUUUCCUUGGCGAAUCUGUUUCUUGUGAAAGUCGUGGCUUCUCAGCAAUGGAUAACCUGUGCAGUUCCAUCUUACGAUUCCUCAUUGGCGAUGAGUUAGAGGACGAUGUCGAUGCAGAUGAAGUGGCAUCCAUAUUGAACAAUAAUAAUGCUGGUAAAUGGCGGGAACUAUAUCAAGCAACUUAUCAAAUGCGUAUGGCUCCAGAUUUUAACAGUAUUGAACUACAGCUGAGACUAUUGAACAGAAUCGCAGAAUCAGAAACACGCUGGAUAACAAAUUUACUGUAUGGUGUUGCACGAAACCUAGUCGAUAAAUGUUUCAAGGAAACUGAAACUUGUGAUGACGCUGAUACAAACAACUCUAAAUUAUCACAAUGCGCAAGAACCAUACAUCGGAGUUUUAACCUUUGUCUCAACGAUAGAAACCCAAAUGACAUUGAGAACAGACGCGUCGGGUGCUACAGCCUAGCGCCUUUGGAGUGCAAGAUCUACCACAGGCUACAGAAUCGUGAUAUGACUAAGAACUUGAUCAAAGUUCUCGAAAGCAGGUCAAAUGAGUUGAAUAAAGACGUCCCGUCUCACAUAGUUGCAUAUCACUACUACAUCGGUGAGCACUAUGCAUAUGAAGGCAAGCACGAAGUCUCGUGUAAACAUUUACAGUUGGCUUUAGCCAACUGUUCUUAUCACAGCGAUCAGCUGUGGUACAUACUUUUGUUACUGGUUCCACAAACGAUGCUUUGCGAAAGAAGAUAUUGUAACGUGAAAACGUUGCAAAAGAUAUGCGAUGCCAAGACCUUUAGCAAACUGAUGAAGUACUACGAUGUACCCCUUAGAUGCUUUAUCGACGGGAACGUGGAAGCGUACGAUGAGCACCUGGAGAGAUACGAACGGUUCUUUUUGAGCCAUAACCUGUACGUUUGCAUGUUGCAGUUGAGAGAAAUGGUUGUGUUGAAGUACUGUAAGUUAUGUUGGUUACACGGGUCGCAGAAGAGUAUUACGCGUCUGGACGUCUUUACGCGUAACAAACGAAGCGACGAAUCCCUUGACCAGCUCGAGUGUGUGCUUGCCAACCUGAUUGCCAAGGGCCAUGUUAAGGGGUACCUUUCGCAUUCUAACAGAUGCAUAGUUCUCAGCAAACGAGAUCCUUUUCCACGAAGGGUAACGCAUUGCACGUGA